CGACGAAUUUGUACAUUACUUCAGGAUUUCAAGUCAAAGGUGUAUUUAUGACUAACUGGGAUUCCUUGGAUGAAAAUACUGACUGUUCUUUAGACAAAGACCGUCAAGAUGCUCAGUUUGUUUGUGAUCAUUUGGGGAUACCUUUUUUCGAGAAAAAUUUUGUUAAAGAAUAUUGGAAUUACGUGUUUUUACCGCUUAUCAAGUCCUAUGAGCAGGGAGCUACACCAAAUCCAGAUAUAUUGUGUAAUAGAUUUGUAAAAUUCAAUUUGCUAACAAGGGCAGUGUUAAAAAGCAAGAACCAAUGCGCUGAUGAUGACGUUCAAGCAUCUUCAAAUUUGGCUGCAGACGCAAUUGCCACUGGCCAUUACUGUCAAAAUUCUUUUGGAAAUUAUCUGCAAUACCGAAAGGACAAUAUUGAGGCCAGAUUAUUACGUUCUGUUGAUAGAGUGAAAGACCAGACAUUUUGGCUAUCGACUAUUUCUCACAAAGAACUUCCAUAUUGUAUGUUUCCAGUUGGAGAUCUAUUAAAAACCCAAGUGAAACAAAUUGCUCAAGAUAUUGGCCUUUCUCGUAUAUACUCCAGACGUGAAAGUAUGGGAAUGUGUUUUAUUGGUAAAAGGCGGUUCUCAGAGUUUAUUGAUAAUUAUUUGGAACCAAAGCCUGGCGUUUAUAAAGAUCUUGAAACUGAUCAAGUUUUGGAAGAGCAUACAGGUGUACAUCAUUUUACUUUGGGUCAACGAAUUCCUAUUAAACGUUUUAAUGGACCUUAUUAUGUUAGUAAAAUGGAUUGUCACAAUCAAAUAAUUUAUGUAGUACGGGACCCAGCUCACCCAAGUUUGUUUAUGCGCAAGUGUUGGUGUGGUCCUGCAGUUUGGAUAAACUCUGAGCCAUUUUCAUCUAUAAACUCAAGGAAUAUUCAAUUCCAAUGGCAAAACAAAUGGCGUCCAGUUAACUGUAUUUUAAAACCUUUCAGUGACAUAUCUUUGGCGUCAGCUUACCUUAGGAAAGACAUGAAACGAUGUCUUUCUAGCUCAGACAAUGCAACACUCGCCAGUGUAAUCGAUGCAUCCAUUGAAGAUAACAGAGAGGUUGGACCAUGUUUAUCAAUUGAAUUAGAAGCGCCAAUGCGUUGUAUUGCACCGGGACAAUGGUGUGCAUUUUAUGAUAAUGACAUAUGUUUAGGUGGAGCAAUGAUAUGCGGUUCAAUAAGUCUUUGGGAAGAAGGGCAAAACACUUCAUAUCAUGAGUGGAAUCAUAGCGACUACGAAUUGACAUAUGGUUAAAUUUAAGAACAACAUCUAUCCCUUUUAAAUUUGUAAAUAGUUUAGGAGACUAUGAGUCGGUCAGUUAAAGUUUUUUACAAGUUGCAUCAAUAAAUGAUGCUAUGACUUAUUAUUUUAUUUGUUAUUUGGCGAACUUCUAAAAUGAAUUAGAAAUGAACCAACCUAUUGAUAGACAACAUAUGUGAAACACUCAACGCUACAUUAUCAAUUGCAGUAAGACAUGACUCUAAAAUCAAGGCACAGGUUUUUGAAAAGUGUUUAGGGUGAUAGAAAAAAACCAAUAAGGAUCCUCGUCACCGGAACGGUCGGAAUUCUUCCAAAAUGACUCACUCGUAUGAGGCAAAAGCACUGCUAAUGAAUCACGACAAUAAGGAUUACUAAAUGUUGACAUAAGAUAUGUUUUGAAACGUGGUUUUCGUCCCAAGCUGAUAGUUGAUUUUUCCGGGAAUGAAUUCUUAGAAAAUCAACAUCAGUGGUGUUAGAGCAAUCACACUCUAAGAAAAUCCAGAUUUGUAGAUAGGAUGGCUUGCUUUCGUGUUUUGACUGAAGUUAACAGAUAUUUAACUCAAAUAAGCAAGUUCAUUUAAAACAUUCAUAUAAUCUCGAGCUUAGUCUGUUGCUUUAUAGAGAACUGGUGGCUCAUAGGAAUACAAACAAAUAUGUUGACGAUGUACUCCAAAGUAAAGCAGAAAUUGUCAUUAUGGAGUUGUGGGAAUGGCCGAAUUUCAUUGAAAUCACACUGAUUUAAGUUGAGCAUGUAAGCACCAGACAGCCGUUCCGUCCUAGUGUGGGAU